AUGGCCGGCCGCGGCUCCUUAGCAGGUCUCAUGCCGUACAGCGACGCCAACGCCGUCGUCCUCGACAUGGCCUCGGAAGUCCUCCCCAUCGUCUCCCACACCCCCGUCAUCGCGGGCGUCUGCGGCACCGAUCCGUUCCGGGACAUGCGACGGUUCUGCCGGCAGCUGCAGGACUUGGGGUUUGCUGGGGUGCAGAAUUUCCCGACGGUGGGACUGAUAGACGGCACGUUUCGCGCAAAUCUGGAGGAGACGGGGAUGGGCUUCUCGCUCGAGGUGGAGAUGAUUAGAGUGGCGAGUGAGCUGGGCAUGCUAACGACGCCCUACGUCUUCGACCCGGAGCAAGCGAAGGCGAUGGUAAAGGCGGGCGCGGACGUGCUGGUAGCGCACAUGGGUCUCACGACGUCCGGGGCGAUUGGCGCUCAAACAGGUAAGGGGUUGGAGCAGUGUGUCGAGGAGAUUCAGGCGAUUCGGGACGCGGCGGUGGAGGUGAGGGAGGAUGUGAUUGUUCUGUGCCAUGGGGGACCGAUCGCGAAGCCCGAGGAUGCGCGGUUUGUGUUGGAGAGGUGUGAGGGGGUGCAUGGGUUUUUCGGGGCGAGUAGUAUGGAGAGGUUGCCGGUGGAGGAGGCGAUUACGGGGAUUACGAGGGAGUUCAAGGGGGUGGGGGUGAAGAAGUGA